CGGACCCGGGCCGGGACGCAGCCUCUCUGGGCGCCAGCAGCUGGGCAAGGCAGCGGCCAUGGGGCUGGAGACCGAGAAGGCCGACGUGCAGCUCUUCAUGGACGACGACACCUACAGCCACCACAGCGGCGUGGACUACGCGGACCCCGAGAAGUUCGUGGACUCAGCACAGGACCGGGAUCCGCACCGGCUCAACUCGCAUCUCAAGCUGGGCUUCGAGGAUCUGGUCGCAGAGCCUGUGACUACGCACUCAUUCGACAAAGUGUGGAUCUGCAGCCAUGCCCUCUUCGAAAUCAGCAAAUACGUGCUCUACAAGUUCCUGACCGUCUUCCUCGCCAUCCCCUUGGCCUUCCUCGCGGGCAUUCUCUUUGCCACCCUCAGCUGUCUGCACAUCUGGAUUUUAAUGCCUUUUGUAAAGACCUGCUUAAUGGUCCUUCCCUCAGUGCAGACAAUAUGGAAGAGUGUGACAGAUGUUGUCAUUGCCCCAUUGUGUACAAGCGUGGGACGCUGCUUCUCUUCUGUCAGCUUGCAACUGAGCCACGACUGAACACUUAGACUCCGAAUGGAGAUUUGGAUACUGCUCGACUUCUUUGUUGCUGUAACAUAAAAACACUACUGUUCUGUUCAUCGCCAAACUAUUCUCAUUAAGAAGAAUGUUAAUAUGGUCAUCCACAUUUAUAAAUGCUUCAUGGGGAGAUGUUUUUGUCCCAAUUAAUAGCCAAGGAUGUCAAAUCUAAUUUUAUAACAGGAACUAUAUAGUAGGUUGGCAACACAUAAUUUUAAAGGCAGACAGUAUUUGCUUUUGUAUGGAAAUGCAUUUUAUACUGAUGGAUUGAUAAUGAUCAUGGGAUAUUUUCUUUAAAAUAUUACAAUAAUUUUGUGCACAACUACUCAUAAAAGCAUGUGACUUCUAUUUUACUCCUGAAGUAAUGUUUUUAAAUUGCUUUUAUAGAUUUGAUUAUCAGGAAAGCUAAAGGUAGCAUAUACCAACAUACUAGAAAGUGCAGGCAGUAACAAAAGUGUAUAGUGAUGAGAGUAAUUAUUAAAUAUAAAAAGAAAAGUAAAUGUGAAACAAUCACAAAAAUAUAUUCAAGAUAAUUGUUAAUCUGCAAGCAUAUUUAAUAAGAUGGUUCAUUUUACUGUAUAUGUUGUACUUUAUGUAAAUGUUGCUCUAAUAAGAUUGAUUUAAAACA